AGCAAUGGAUUAUUUCCGUCCCUGAGGUAUACAAGGCUAAUGAAAUUGUCUUGACCAGUUAGGGGAGUUGGAUAGUAGUGUGUGUUGAUAAGCCUGUUUUUCUGUGGUUCUUUCGCCUAUGUCUAGUGAUCACACUCCAGUGUUCCAGGGAGAGACGCUGCGCAGUCGCAGAAACAGCACAACACUUGUGAACCGCCACAGUCUGAUCCCUCCCUCUUCGCCUGUUCGUGUUCCCAGCAGCCGGCUCUAUCAGAUCAAACAGGAGGAAGGCGUAGACGUGAUGAACAGGGAGACUGCUCGUGAGAGGGAGGUGCAGGCAGCCAUGCAGAUGAGCCAGUCCUGGGAGGAGAGUCUUAGUCUGAGUGAUAAUGACUUGGACAAGUCUGCGUCUCCAAAGCGGAUUGAUUUUGUUCCUGUGUCCCCAGCUCCGUCUCCCACCAGAGGGAUUGGGAAGCAAUGUUUCUCGCCGUCUCUGCAGAUCUUCGUGAGCAGUAACGGGCUUCCUCCCAGCCCUGUCCCCAGUCCCACCAGACGCUUUGCAACACGAAGGAGUCAAAGUCCCAUUAACUGUAUCCGACCGAGUGCCCUUGGACCCCUCAAAAGAAAAGGUGAAAUGGAAACGGAGAGCCAGCCGAAGAGACUGUUCCAGGGGACGACCACCAUGCUGACUCCUGACAUGUCGCACCUGCCCGACCUCGGCUCCUGUCUAUCUUCGCGGUUCCUGGAUGGCAGUCUGCGCAGACUGGGCUCCUCCUCGGACUCCCCCGCCAAGAUGGACUCCUCUUCGGACUCCCCUGCGGAGAUGGGCUCCUCGUCGCAGUGCCCCUACCCCUGCUCUUCAUUCAGCCCUGUGCUUGACCGGUCUCCCAAGUGACCUUCUGCUGAACCAAACGCCUGCUGGGCUUAGUUACUUUGAGUUUUUGUUCUUUUACUUUAAGGAUUGUUUACAGUUUAAUGCAGAACAGUUCAGCAGCUUUUUGUGUGUGUGUUUGUGAGGUGCACUGACCUGCAGUUCAGCGUUAGCGAUGAAGAGAUCAAUGGACAGGAGGUGCUGGUCAAGCUGUAGUCACAAUGGCAUCUGUUUAAUUUUCAGAAGGGUAAGCAAGUUAGGGGGCGUGCUCACGGGGAAAAUUGGCAAACGAAUUGGGUGGUGGUGUGUUUUUUUUCUUCCUCUAAUAGAAAAAAAACUGAUUUUGUGACAUUGCUCUGAGGUGCUUGAUAAGUGACAAGUUUAAACUGGAAAUAGCAAAAUAACCUUUUUUUUUUUUUUUUUUUUUUUUUUUUUUUUUGCUGGGAUGUAAAUAUUGCUGAAGUUGAAUAGCAGUUUGGGCCAUUCCAGGUUUUCAUCUUGCUUUAGUGAAGCUGUAGAGAGGAAACUCUUAGGGUGGCAUUAAACUGCCAGUAAAACCUGGAAUAACUGCGAGUGCUCAACGAAUCAUUUCUUUUUCUCCCAUCCUUGGCUGUACUUGACUUUCGUGUCUCCAGAAGCACUGGCGCUGUGGUGUGAAUGUCCCUGGCAGGGAUUGGACACUAGACGAGGGUUUUUCACACACCUAACCGAGACGUACACACUACUUCACUCUACCCUGUUUCUGCACAAGUGAACUGCAAUCCCAGCUGCAGUAUUUUAAGACCCAUUCGAACGGGUGUUUCAUUGAAUGAAUAAGUAGGCUGCUUGUUAUAGUGAAAGAGAGAAUCGUUUAAUAUAUUUGAUAACGGUUAUAAAGAGGACAGCGUUGAAGUGGAAUUCUUCAUCAGUGGGGGUAAUGCUGCUUUCACUCUGCACUUUAGAGCACUUGAUCAAGGACAAGGGUGUGGAGUCUGUUUAAACGUGGCUGGCGUUUGUAGUGUGCAGAGUACAGAUGUGUGUUUGGGAGUGGAAUCGAGCUCUGCAGUUACUCUUUCAAACCGGGGUAUGCUUUUUAUUUGUGUUUGUUGAAGAGCAGCUUUAAUGUAAACUGGAGAUCCAGCAUCCAGGCUGUGUGACGAUGUGUUCCUGAAGUGGUCUGGUGCUGUGGUCUGCACAUUUAAAAGCUUUGUUCAUAUUGGCAGACGUUUAUUAUAAGUUGCACACCCUGUCAUUCUUUACUUGCAUUAAAAACUGGGAUUGCAGAAAUGAUCGGGCAUAUUAUCGCAGGUCUCCCGUCACUAAAUCCAGCGCUGUUUCCAUCUGACCCCUCGAAGCCUUUCUGAUUACGUGUGUGUUCUCUUUAGCCUGUCGUAGAUCAGCCAGGAUCGCACUAGGAUUAUUAAGAAGCGUUCUACAGUAUCACGCUAAGUUUGUAAUAUGAGAGUCUAUAGGCUAUGCUGCCAGAGUUGUGAACCAUGUGUGGUUUUUUUUGCAUUUAUUUUUUAUGUGUAGAUAUAUAUCUUGAUCUACCUUACCCUGGCCAAGCGCUGCUUCCUCUCCAGUGGCUGUCAUUACACUAGUUUUGAAGUGGUUUUUGCUCUCGUUUUGCAGCAUAAGCACAUUAGUACAGUUUAGAAUUGCGCUUGAGUUUAAUGAAGUUAGAGUCCCUAUUCUACAGUCUCCAUGGAGUUGUAUUGAAGACUCUGUCCAGACUGCACUUCUCAUCUUUAUGUUUGUAGUGAUCUGCGCUCUGUUUGUCAGAUGGAUGAGAGACGGGCUGAACAUUCAUGGGGAGAUUUUUUUAAAAGUAAAAAAGCAGCAAACUGAAAUGUAUUUAUUUUUUUGGGGGGGUGGCAGGCGGUUCAA